UUUGUUCAAAGUAAACCAAAGGUACUUUGGUAACCUGGUGACAGCUGCAUCACGACAUCAUAGCACAAUACAUUAUGACUUUAUGAUGAUGGUGAUGUUACAAAAGAAAAAACCCUACUACGCUACCAAUCACAUCAUCCCCGACCAACUGUCACCCUCCCAGGCUGUCCCAUCCGCGUCGGCCUGUGGCACCAGGCUGCGGCCAGGCUGUCGGCACGAGCCCGGGCAGGGGCUCCGGCGGAGGGAUCCGCAGAGGCGAGGCUACGGUCUCUUCGGUCUCGGAAGAAGAGACCGCUUCUGCGGCAGCACAAAAGGGGGCGGCUGCAGGGUAAUGUGCCAACCGAUGUAAAGACAGAUACUGUGUCCACUGUGGCUGGACCGGAAGCUGAGCGGGCCUCGGCCCUCUACACAUCCUGCCAGGGCCAGGCCAGAACUGCCCACCUCCUCUUCCGCAGCUGAUUCACAGCCGACAAGGCAACCUCAGGCCCUGCCUCAUUCCACCAAAGGCCCACCAAGACAGCCUUCCGCCCACCAUGGCUCUGAAGAGAAUCCAUAAGGAACUGAACGACCUGGCGCAGGAUCCCCCAGCACAGUGUUCAGCAGGUCCUGUCGGGGAAGAUAUGUUCCACUGGCAAGCUACAAUCAUGGGGCCAAAUGACAGUCCCUAUCAGGGCGGAGCAUUUUUCUUGACGAUUGAUUUCCCAACAGAGUACCCCUUCAAACCACCUAAGGUUGAGUUUACAACGAGAAUUUAUCAUCCAAACGUGAACAGUAACGGCAGCAUCUGUCUUGAUAUCCUUCGCUCGCAGUGGUCUCCAGCACUGACUAUUUCAAAGGUGCUUCUGUCCAUCAGUUCUCUGCUGUGUGACCCCAAUCCAGACGAUCCCCUAGUGCCUGAGAUUGCUCAGAUCUACAAGACAGACAGGGAAAAGUACAACAGAACAGCUCGGGAAUGGACUCAGAAGUAUGCCAUGUGACUAAAGAGAUUAUUGGAUAUCCUCUACAAGUCAAGGCUCGGGGAACUCUGAACGAGAACGGCCUUCUGAUUCCCACUGGACUGUUUGCUAUGAACCCACGCUGCACCGCUUCAUCCUUCCUGGUGCAGGUUCUUCACCUGACACAGUACUGCUGCAAGCUGUGCUUCUGUACCAACACUGUCUCCUAGCACAGUAACCAAGAUGUGAGAUUAAAAGUUUUCCUCAUUGACUUAAAACUGAGUAGCCACAGUGUGAGGGGUGGUGGUGCAUCACACUGCUUAGAAGGGGUAAAGCUCCAUCAGCCUGUAGAUGGUGAGACUGCUUUAAGUGGAAGCCAUUUAAAUUUUAAAAAGUUAUGAAAAGCUGGGUGAAGAAUGUGAAAGUUUCUGUAUUCAUUUUAUUCCAUAACACCUAGAAUUAGAUGAACACUAAAACCAACCAGAUUAAAUCCAACUCACCACCUGUAUUUUAAGGUUUAAUUGGUCAAGAAAAAAUAGAUUGGUGCUAUUAGUCUAUAAAGUGUGAUUGGCUUUGUUCCCAAAUUCUUUAUACCCCGACUCAACCUCCUUUCUUUCAGUCUUUCUCUCCAUGUUCCUUGAUGUAUUUGUGGUUUCUCAGUAGAUACAUACAGAUCACUAACAGUGCUUAUUUUUCUUAUGUUAACUGCUUAAUCCAUUUGGAUUUAAGGGUGAAAAUUCCAUUUGAUGAAAAAAAAAACCUGUACAAAGACCCAAUUGCUCCUCUGUAGCUUGUACAUUCAAGAAUGAUUAAUCUGUGUAAUAAACUGACUCCUCCAUCAUUACAUAAAUGUUAAUCUGUGUAAUAUCCAACUGUUCCAGGCACUGCAUAAAUGUUAAUCUGUGUAAUAAACCAACUCCUCCGUCAUUACAUAAAUGUUAAUCUGUGUAAUAACCAACUGUUACAGCCACUGCAUAAAUGUUAAUCUGCGUAGUAAACCAACUAUUCCAGACAUUACAUAAAUGAUAAUCUGUGUAAUAAACCAAUUAUUCCAGCCAUUACAUGUUAAUCUGUGUAAUAAACUCUAUUCCAGCCACUGCAUAAUGUUAAUCUGUGUAAUAAACCAACAUCUCCAGACAUGACAUAAA